AUGUCGGGAGCUAGACACUGGGAGCAGGAUAAAGAAGCGACGGUAUACGUGGGCAACCUCGAUGAGCGCGUGACGGACAGCCUGGUCUGGGAGCUGAUGCUCCAGGCCGGCCGCAUCGUUAACGUCCACCUUCCCAAAGACCGUGUCACCCAGGCGCACCAGGGCUACGGUUUCGUCGAGUUCAUCAGCGAGGAGGAUGCCGAGUAUGCCUCGCGCAUUAUGAACCAGGUGCGCCUGUAUGGCAAGCCGAUUCGGGUCAAUAAGGCGUCGGCGGAUAAACAGAAGACCGUCGAGGUGGGCGCGGAGCUGUUCGUGGGGAAUCUGGAUCCCAUGGUUACGGAGCAGAUGUUGUAUGAUACUUUUAGCAGGUUUGGGUCGCUGGUGUCGAUGCCGAAGGUCGCUCGCGAUGAUGCCAAUUUAUCCAAAGGCUACGGCUUCGUUUCCUUCUCUAACUUCGAAGCCUCCGACGACGCCGUGAACAACAUGAACGGCCAGUACCUGAUGAACAAAGAAAUCUCCGUCCAAUACGCCUACAAGAAAGACGGCAAGGGAGAACGACACGGCGACGAAGCAGAACGAAUGCUGGCAGCCCAGGCUCGCAAACACAACGUUCAGCCCCAGACCCAAGCCAUACCGCCACAGCUGCCCGGCGGCCCUCCACCGCCCCCAAUCGCCCCUACGCCCAUGAUCAACGGCGACCUCAGCCGCCCCAUGAGCACUGCGCCGCCAGACUACGGCGCCGGCAGAGGCGCGCCCAUGCCCAACGGGCCGUACUCGAAUAUGCCGCCGCAGCCGCCUCACCGGGCUGUUCCUCCGCCACAACCGCUCGCAGCAUCUCUCGCCACGCCUCCCGCCGGCUUGCCUGCCCGCCCGCCGCCGUCGCAGGUUGGCUACGGAGGUCCGCCUCCCGGCUUUGCAGCCCCUCCUCUCCCUCAGAGAUAUGGCCAGCCUGCGCCACCUCCUGGCUUCGGCGUGCCGCCCGUCGGCGGGCAUGGUCCGCCCCCCGGCCAAUUACCACCGGGAUUUCAGCAGGUCGGCUAUGGACGAGGUCGAUGA